GUCUGUCUUAACAUCUCCCUUCUACUUCGAACUUUCCACCGUCUCUCUCUGCAGCGUCUUUUUCCUUAAAACAAAAUUUCAAUCGCAGCAAUCUCAUUAACCUCGUAUACCAUGUCUGCUGCUGAAUCAACCACUGCAAUUCAAAGAAGCCAAGUUGAUCUCUUGGACUUUAUUGAUUGGUCUGGAGUUGAAUGCCUUAAUCAAAGCUCCAGUCAUUCUCUGUCCAAUGCACUCAAGCAGGGUUAUAGAGAAGAUGAAGGCUUGAAUCUAGAGAGUGAUGCAGAUGAACAACUUCUGAUCUAUGUUCCUUUCACUCAAGUCAUUAAACUACAUGCUAUUGUUAUCAAGGGAUCUGAAGAGGAAGGUCCAAAGACGGUGAAACUUUUUACAAACAAGGAACAUAUGGGAUUCAGUAACGUCAAUGACUUCCCCCCAAGUGACACUGCUGUUUUAUCCCCAGAUAAUCUAAAGGGGAGACCAGUAGUCUUGAAGUAUGUCAAGUUUCAGAAUGUUCGUAGCUUGACAAUAUUUAUUGAAGACAAUCAGUCGGAUUCUGAAACCACAAAAAUUCAGAUGAUUGCUUUAUAUGGGUCAACGGUGGAAACGACAGACAUGAAGGGAUUGAAGAAGAUUGAGGAGCAUUGACCCUGAAAGGAGUUGAAGGGAAAGACAGAAAGAUGGACGAACCCUUAUGUUUUGGGACACUAUAACACUGUUUAUCUUUUCGUUUUUAUUCUUUUUUACCAUUUAAAAGACUCGGAUGAAAAAAAUAGAACAUCCUGUUUACCUGAAUUCUGAAAAAUGUUUUAUUUAUGUGACUUCAUCAGCUGUUACAUCCAAUUGUUGUUUCAGUCUUCCAGUUCAUCUGAUUGUUUUCAUUGUAAUUUUUUUGGCAUUUUACACAAUGG